GAAUCCCAAACCGCUCCCUACACACUCCCCCUCCACUACCGAGUGUCACUCCAAAAGAAGUCACACUCGCAGCUGUGGAGGGCACCUAUUAUUGAAGGGGGAGGGUAUAAAUACGAUCGUCAGGAAUGGGACGCCCUGUUGCCUCACCGGAAAACGGAAGACGUCAUCGCCAUGGUAACACAAAGACGCCUACUGUGCAUGGCUGUAGCGCUGUGGCACAGGUUGCAACUAACAAGGAUCGCUGCUGCUUCCAGAAGAUGAAAGCGUCCCACUUUUUUCACUCAUAUUUUUUCCAAUCCUAUUGUCUGGCAUUUCAAAUCCAACAAAUGAAUAAAUGAAUUCUGUCAGUUGUGUUCAAAUUUUAAGGUGUCAGGGGGGGCACAAUUAAAUCAAACGUCAGCAGAGAAGAAGAUUUGUUUCUUUUGUUUUAUCUUUUUUCACCACUCUUUUUGUGAUGUUCUGUCAGUGUGAAAAAGGCGUGGGAGAAAUAAAGGACGCAUGUGGAACUCACAUCGAUAUGUUUGUUUCCUCCUCCAUUUCGACGUUGCACUUCCUGAAAAAGUUGUCCGGAGUGAGCAUCAAUGCAGACUCGCUAUUUAAGGGCUGAACAGUCCACUCUCCCUCCGCACUACGCGGUUUGGGACGGCCCUUAAUAUGGAGGACCCUCCGCGGGAACGCGCAUACGGAGGGGUAGUGUGUAGGGGGCGGUUUGGGAUUCAGCCGAACUGAGAAUGAAAGACCGUGUUCAAACAAAGUGUCCGUGAGUUUCUGUUGGGAAAGCAUCAAGAUCUGCGGCAAACUGUGCAGGAUUGCCUUCAUCUCCAAAAUCCGGGUUGCAGCCGCAACUGUCUGAUUGAUGAGUGGAGUCCUGCUCAAACCCUGGUAGAUGAAACAUCCUUUUUCAAGUGGGGAAACUGCAGAAACUGUGAUUGGCAGGAGGAGGAGAGUCUGACGGAGGAGCAGAGGAAUGUUGGCAGACAUUUAGUCUGAGCUCAACAACGGAGGAAACAUGGAUUCUUCACAAAAAAAAUGUAAACGCAGCAAUGGAGUGAGAUGUCGGACCUCUGACGAGGAUAAGGAUGGUUCAGCAACAACAGCAAAAAAAGAUGAAUCACUUGGCUGUGAGCAAUGUGGCAAGACUUUUAUCACAGCAACAAAGCUAAGAAUUCACAAACGUAUUCACACUGUGGACAAAUCAUUCAGCUGUGAUCAGUGUGGAAAGGCUUUUACUACCAAGACUCUGUUAAAAAGCCAUCAACUCAUUCACAGUGGAGUUAAACCAUUCAGCUGUAAUCAGUGUGGAAAGGCUUUUACUCAGAAGAGUCACUUAAAAAGUCAUCAACUCAUGCACAGUGGAGUGAAACCAUUCAGCUGUGAUCAGUGUGGAAAGGCUUUUACUCAGAAGAGUAAUCUAACAAGCCAUCAACUCACUCACAGUGGAGUGAAAUUGUUCGGCUGUGAUCAGUGUGGAAAGGCUUUUACUCACAAGAGUCAUCUAGCAAAUCAUGAAGUCAUCCACAGUGGAGUGAAACCAUUCGGCUGUGAUCAGUGUGGAAGGGCUUUUACUCACAAGAGUACGUUAAGAAAUCAUCAACUCAUUCACAAUGGAGUGAAAUUGUUCGACUGUGAUCAGUGUGGAAAGGCUUUUACUCACAAGAGUACGUUAAGAAAUCAUCAACUCAUUCACAGUGAAGUUAAACCAUUCAACUGUGAUCAGUGUGGAAAGGCUAUUACUCACAAGAGUCAAUUAAAAAUCCAUCAACUAAUGCACAGUGGAAUUAAACCAUUCAACUGUGAUCAGUGUGGAAAGGCUUUUACUCAGAAGAGUAGUCUAGCAAAUCAUCAACUCAUUCACAGUGGAGUGAAAUUGUUAAGCUGUGAUCAGUGUGAGAAGGCUUUUACUCAGAAGAGUAGGUUAAAAAGACAUCAACUAAUGCACAGUGGAGUUAAACCAUUCAGCUGUGAUCGGUGUGGAAAUGCUUUUACUGACAAGAGUACGUUAAGAAGUCAUCAACUCAUUCACAGUGGAGUUAAACCAUUCAGCUGUGAUCAGUGUGGAAAAGCUUUUCCUCACAAGAGUUCAUUAAGAAGUCAUCAACUCAUUCACAGUGGAGUUAAACCAUUUCACUGUGAUCAGUGUGGAAAGGCUUUUACUUGGAAGAGUUCAUUAAGAAGUCAUCAACUAAUUCACAGUAGAGUUAAACCAUUCAACUGUGAUCAGUGUGUGAAAACCUUUACUCAACAUGAACAGCUGUUGAUCCAUCAAUGCCCCCAUUCUGGUAGAAAGCGGUACCACUGUGACUACUGUGAAAAAGCUUUCAACGACCAGCAGAGCUUAAAACGUCACCAACGCAUCCACACUGGACAUGAUGUGUAUGCAUGUGAUCAGUGUGGCGAACCAUUUGUACGGUACUCACAGUUAAAAGCUCAUGAAGUGACCCACACUGGGGUUAAACCAUAUGUUUGUGACCAGUGUGGGAAACGCUACAGCUCCACUACAUACCUUAAAAUUCACCAACGUGUCCAUACUGGGGAGAGACCAUACAGAUGUGACGAGUGUAAGAAGACUUUUACAACUUUGUAUUCCCUGAAACAACACCAGCAGAUCCACACCAGAAAGAAAGCAUUCAAUCAGUGUCACAGUGAGAACGGAACAGAUGGACUAAACUCUCAGACUUGUCAGCACUCUGCCAGUGGUGAACAGUGCUGCUUUGACCAGUCUGGACCAACGUCCAACCAACAAGGAACCCUACAACAACACCAGCGUAUGCACACUGGACACAGACUGAACCCCUGCCAAGAAGAUUGCUCUAUGCAGGGUUCAGUAAAAGUUCAUGAAGUCCUCCACAAACUUAAAGUCCUUGAGAUCCGGCUUCACAGAAUUCAGGUCUAAUUUCUUGUUUAGUGUCUUUGUUGCUUCGUUGCAAAAUCCAUUAAGAGGAAGGCUGUCGUGAACGGACAUGACUGUAAAUUAAUUAAACCAUUCAAAGUGGUUACUCAGUUAAAUGAAUUAUCAGUGGUAGAGGGAUAGACUUCUGGAUGGAGGCAGUGAGCAGCAGGGCGAAUUUUGUCGAUUAAUUCAAUUCAAUUCAAUUCAAUUUUAUUUAUAUAGCAUCAAUUACAGUCAAAUCGUCUCAAGACGCUUUACAGAACCCAUAUGCCUGACCCCCAGAGCAAGCCCAAAGGCGACAGUGGCAAGAAAACACCCUUUAACAGGGAAGAAACCUCGAGCAGAACCCGGCUCUAUAUAGGGGGGACCCAUCUGCCUGCUGGCCGGGCGGGUUGAGAAGGACAGAGGAGGGCAAGGGGGAGGGAUGGGAGAAGAGGGAGGGGUGGGAAAGCAAGGAAAACACAACACACAUUUGGAUACAUGCAUGACAGGAUAUGUGACACAGACAAAGUAUAAGCUAACAUUGAAAACUGACUCAUAGUUUACUCUUAUGAUGUACGGCUCUGACAUUAAACAUACUCCAUAUAUAGCUAGCAGUAAAAUUCAAACAGUAUGUAAGUUAGCAUAACAAGUAUAGUGAAGGCGAUGCAGAGUUGACUGGUGGAAAAGGGGAGUUGGAAGCGAAGGGCUAGAGGAAGGUCAGCGGCAGCAUCCCACAGUGGACAUGAUGGAGACUGGACCAGCUGGUGGAACAUCGACCGCAGAUCUGAAGCAUCCAGCUCUGGGACCAGGGACACUCGGAGAAAUAGCACAGGGGGAAACAGAGGGAAUGUACUGCAAUAACAGUAUACAUAUUAAAUGUAAAGGUAGAUGGAGAAGGGCUCAGUGCGUCAAGAGAAGUCCCCCAGCAGCCUAUAGGCCUAUAGCAGCAUGACUAGGGGCAGACUAGGGGCAAUUACCAGAUUAAUUGUUCCUCAGAUCCCUCUGGGCUGCAGGAACCUGUUAGAUGCAGAGCUGGUUCAGUGAUUCUCUGAUGAUUAAUCAUAAUUGAUUUAGGAGAUUACUGGCCUUAUGAUUCCUAUCUAUCUAUCUAAUCUAGCUAUCUAUCUAUCUAUGAUGAAGAAUCUCUAAUGUUGAACAACUAGAUUAAAUAAUCUCAGAUUAUGUGUGAGUUGAAAUAUAAAAACAUGAAGUGUUCUCUGAAAAGUCCAAUCUUUCAAAGCUGACAUGUAGUUUAGAAUCAUUGCUUUGUAAAUUAGCUGCAUCCAGUCAUUACCAUGACAUUGGCAUCAUGGAACCAUGACCACAUAUAUGUGUCUGGAGAUAGUGGCAUUUUUAUAACGGCACAUUUUCAUGCUUUGACAGAUGGUAGUGUCUACAGAUACAGACCCGUGCACUUUUCAUUUGCCAGACAGAUACGAACCUGUAUGCGAGUCAAGAAGCUGCUAACCACUGCAAACUGUUGAAAGGUAAGCAAAGGUUAGGGUUAGUGUUAGGGUCAGGUUUCGGGUCCGUACCGAUGCUACGGGUCCGUACCGCUAGCGUCUAUCGGGAGUCACGUGACCAGAUCUCGCGUAUCUGAUUGGCAAAUGGCAAGUGCUGUAUCCGUAGUCCACAGGCUACUGGUACGGGUCCGUACCUCUAGCAACAACCUUGACAGAUACAGUGAGGAGAAAAAAAGUUUUCAGACACCCUGAAAAUUUUUACACAAUCUUAAAUAUUGUCAUGAAAUAUUUGUUGCAAAGUCUUUUUUUGUGUGUUCCUAAGUGUGUGGCUGCAUCAGACAGACACAAAUACAAAUGAUAUUUUUUUGGUUUGUUGUUUAGAAGAAAAACUAACAAAACUAAAUUCUACCAAAUUUCUCAUUUUAUGGAACCAGUCAAUUUUCAGUUUUUAAUGUCUUUUUUACGAUGUGUUUAGUUUUAUGAUUGUUCUAAAAUAAAUGACUCUUGAAAACCUCAAAGUGAUUCUUCAUGCAGUAUUUCUCAAAUGUAUGGGAUGUCCAAAAACUUUUUUCCACUGCUGUAUUUAACAGCAAUCUGAUCUGCUGAUGUUAGCAAGACAAACAAGUGAAGGUUUCAGGCUUUUAUCAAGAAUUGUUCUUGAGAUAUUCAUCUUCAAACAGCCUCAAAUUUCAAUGUGAGAAAAUAAAAACAAGUGAAACUGGGUCUACAGUCCACUGAAAAACCUCUAAGAAAGUAUCUGACAUACUGAGCUAAUAUUUCAUAGAUACCAUUAGAAAUAUCCAUAGUUUAUGAUUUUAAAAAAAUAGUUUUUUGGGAGAUGGUGAAUGACUUGAAACGGAGUUCCACUGUUGAAAAACCUCAAUCUCUGAUUCCAGCAUCAGUGCUCCAUUGUUGCAGUUGUGACGUUGUCUUUCAGAUGGUCCUAACACAGGCCACAACUGCUCUGAAAACAACACUCAUGUUCUUGUUUGGAACAGUUUCUCAGUGGAAAUUACGCGGCAAUGUCCAAGUUCUCAGCGGCUCCAGUAAGGAAGACUCUUAAUGUGAGGAAAAGCGUCCUUUGACUUCUUCCUGGAGGUUUUUCUUGUCAGAAAUUGUCUUCCAGUGAGGGACUUCUGACUCUCUGUUCACUUUUCUUGCCCUCUAAUAUUGUUAAAACACAAGAAUCAAUGUUUUGGUUCAAAUCACAUUGUAUUUGCAUGGAGCUCUGUGUUUUCUGCUCCAGGAAUUGGGUGAUGUGUGCGACCCAGCACCCACAGCUGGUUGGGUGUCAUGUGGCUCUGCGUUCUGAUUGGAUGAUUGUCCAACCACUGCCACAAGUAUGAAGGUCAUCCUGCAGGCGUGGCAGGAACACGGAGUGGAAACACAAUAGGGCUGAGCCCCCAACACACUAUCCCUACACACUACCCCUCUGUUUGCGCGUUCCCGCGGAGGGUCCUCCAUAUUAAGGGCCGUCCCAAACCACGUAGUGCGGAGGGAGAGUGGACUGUUCAGCCCUUAAAUAGCGAGUCUGCAUCGAUGCUCACUCUGGACAACUUUUUCAGGAAGUGCAACGUCGAAAUGGAGGAGGAAACAACAUAUUGAUGUGAGUUCCACAUGCGUCCUUUAUUUCUCCCACGCCUUUUUCACACUGACAGAACAUCACAAAAAGAGUGGUGAAAAAAGAUUAAACAAAAGAAACAAAUCUUCUUCUCUGCUGACAUUUGAUUUAAUUGUGCACCCCCUGACACCUUAAAAUUUGAACACAACUGACAGAAUUCAUUUAUUCAUUUGUUGGAUUUGAAAUGCCAGAUAAUAGGAUUGGAAAACAUGUGGGAUGACUUCAAAUUAUUUGAAGCAGAAUGUAGCCCCUACAUCAUUGCCUGCAACCUGUGCCACAGCGCUACAGCCAUGCACAGUAAGCGUCUUUGUGUUACCAUGGCGAUGACGUCUUCCAUUUUCCGGUGAGGCGACAGGGCGUCCCAUUCUUGACGAUCGUAUUUAUACCCUCCCCCUUCAAUUAAAGUGCCCUUCACAGCUGCGAGUGUGACUUCUUUUGGAGUGACAUUCGGUAGUGGAGGGGGAGUGUGUAGGGGGCAGUUUGGGAUUCAGCCUCGGUGUGUUCAUGUGGCCAUGCUGAGGAAUCCCUCUGCUUCAAGCUAGUGGAGAACAUCAUAGUAGGUGCUGGUUACUGCCCCCUACAGGUCUUGCACAGUCCUUAAUCCUGGAGAAUUAGAAAACGACUAAAAAAUAUAUUUUAACUUCAUAUAAUAAAAAAAUUAACUUGCACUCAACUUCUCACAUGACUAAUUAACCCUGUCCUCUGGGUCAAAAUUGACUCAUUUUAAAGUUUGAAAAUGUGGGAAAAAUAUAUAUUUUCAAAGUGAAACUUCUGAUGUCCACGUUUUCAACAUUUUUGGGAAAUUGUUGAACAUUUUUAGGUGGAAAUAAAAAAUUUAAAAUAUUUCGAAAGAACAUUCACAAAAACAUCAACCAAAAUCCAGCGAAAUUCACUGGAUUUUGGUUGAUUUUUACGUGAAUGUCCUUAAAGAAAAUAUUAGAAGUUUUACUGAAAUAUAUGUCAUCACUUCAGAUAUUUUUAAGAUGUUUUUUGAAGAUUUUUUUCUCAUUUUUUGGGAAGAUUUUUACUCGUUUUUCUGAAAAUAUUUACAACAAUUUCCUUUCAAAAUUUUGGGUAUUUUUUUGAAAAGAAAACUUGCAAGAAAUUACUGAAAUUUUCUUCCUGAAGGUUCUGAACAUUUUCAGAAACUUGGGUUUUUUUUUUGCUGAAUGUUUUUAUUAUUUUUUUUUAGACAAGGAAACAAUGUUUUUUGGUGCCUGUAAAUGAGAACAACAGGAGGGUUAAAACAUUAAAAGGCAACAUUAUUAAGGUUUCUUUUAUGAAAUGUUUUUCAUCAUCAAGUACACAAAAUAGAUUAAAAAUAUAAUCUAACAUAUUUACUUAUUCAAACCUUUGAAUUUCUUCUUUAUGUUCUUCUGCAUAACUCACUAUUUCAAAGUGGCUCAUGUUACUUCCAUGUGAUCUGCCAUUAAAACGGCCACAUUCUACCAUAAACACUGUAAAUAAUAACACACCUGCUCAAAGUUAAAGGCCAACAUACGACCCAAACAUGGCAUGGAUUUGGUGCCACUUUGAACUAAGAUGAUCUCUUCUGUUAAACAAACCGUUGAUUGUGAAUCUUUUUUCCAGAUAUGAAGCUGCUCCUUCCAGGUCCACAGACAGUAAACAGAACAAAGCUCUCUGUAAAAACCCUCAGAAUGUUUUAAUAGAAGAAAUGUGGACAGUUUCAUGACUGGAAGAGAACAUUUCUGGAUCAUUUUGUGUCAUUAUGUGUUUUGUUUUGGUCAGUUUACGUCUUUCUGUCUAGUUUCAAACAUUUUGCAUCUUUUCAUGUUAUUUUUUUCUUCUUCCAUUUUGGUUAUUUUGUGCCUUAAUUUUGACCAUUUUGUGGUUCAUUUUGGUCACUUUGUGUGUUUUUAAGUUAAAAUUGUUCAUCUUGUUUGUUCUUUUGGUCAGUUCACGUCUAUUUCAUCAUUCUGUGACUCAGUGGCCAUUUCUCUUUCAGUUCGAAUAAAUGUGGACAGCUUGGGGAAUGUAAGUGAAGAUUUCUGGAUCAUUUUGGUCAUUUUGUGUCAGAAUGUGUUUAAUUUUGAUCAGUUUACAUCUUUUGGUCCGUUUUUAAACAUGUUGCAUCUUUUCAUGUUGUUUAUGUUGUAAUUUUGUUUAUUUAGCAUCAAGUUUUGGUCAUUUAUGUCUAAUUCAGGUAAUGUUACAUCUCUUUGUGUUGUUUUUGUACCAUUUUGGUCAUUUUAUGAUUCAUUUCAUGUGUCUGUCAGGUUGUUUUUGUUUAAAAUUGUUCAUGUUGCUCAUAUGAGUCAUUUCAUGUCAGUUUGUCCAUUCUGUGACUCACUGGCCAUUUCUGUUAAAUUUUUCAUCUUUUUUUGCUCUGUUUUGCUCAUUUUUAUCUCUCAUUUUAGUCAUUUUGCAUCAGUUUAAGAUUGCUUUUUUCAUUUUGUACAUUUUAUGUCUCAUUUUCGUCAUUUUGUUGCUAAUUUUUGUGCCUGGUUUUGGUCAUUUUUCUUAAUUUUAGUCCCAUUUUGGACACACUUGGUCUUUUUUUAUGUCCAUUUUGUAAUUUUAUGGUAUUUUUCUAUCUUGGUCGGAUGCUUUAUGUUCCAUUUUGGUCAUUUUGUGCCCCAUUUGAACUGUCCCAUAACAUUGUUGGACCAUUCAGUAGACUCUGUUUGGGUCUUUUUCUCACCACUGAAACAUUUUGUCCAUUUGUGUCUCAUUUUGGUUGUUUUAUAGAUUAGAUUCAACUUGCUUUUAAAUUUUUUUUGUUCCAUUGUGGACAUGUUGUGUCUCAUUUAGAUCAUUUUUUGUAUCAUUUUGGACAUUUUGCAUCUGUUUAAGGUUUUUCUGUUUCAUUUUGUGUCUCAUUUUGUGCAUUUCAGUCUGUUUUUAGGUGAAAAAGUGUCAUAAAUCAGACUGUAAAUGAUAUAUGAACAAACCUCUCUGUAAAAACUUUCAGAAUGUUGAAUAGAAUAAAUGUGGACUGACUAGGUAACCUUACAGAACCUUUACUGUUGUGAUGUACGCAUUAACCUGACUUUAUACACUCAGAGAAAAUAUAUAUAUAUAACCAUUGUGAUAGGGAUAAAUAGAAGCUCCAAUCUGUUGAUUUUAAUUGCAGGAUAAUGCUUUAUUAAAAUAUAUCUCAGCAGGGAAAUAGCAAUAUCCAUUAAAUCAUCAGACAAUGAAUCAAUAGUUAGUUCAUAUUUCAGUGGCUCGUCAUGAUUGCUAACUGCUACGAUGCUUUCAUAGAAGAAGAGUAAUAAUCACCCACAUUCUGUCAUUUGGAGGGGCAGAGCAGACGGUGUGGCCACAUCCGGCUGAUCACCUGAAGAACGACGAGCCUCUGAGCCUCCAGGGGGAAGCAGAGAGAGUUCAGUCCAGAUUUAGAUCUGCUUGUGUCCUUUCUUGUUGUUUGGGCCAAUAAAAACUUUUUUAUGAUC